AUGGAACAGGUGAAGGAGCAGCAGCCCUUCUGCUCACUCUCCAAGAGCCAGAGAGACCGGGAGAGAGACCUUGAAAGGGAGAGGGAUCGGGAACGGCGUUACACCGCAUCAUCGACAGACCGAGAAGGGGCCUGCCGCGUGCCUACCCAGAAGUCCUACAGCUCUAGUGAGACGCUGCAGGCCUACGACCAUGACCCCGCCCGGCUGCUGUUCUCAGGCCGAGUCAAGGAGGUGGCCCAUCAGGAUACCAAUGACUACAGCAGGCCAGGUCAGUACAGUCACAGCUCUAUUCCAAUGAUAUGAAAGGAUGCUUAAUAAUAGGUCUACUGUAUGGAUAUCAUUUCUUUCAUACGUGUACUUUUUUAAACAUUCUUAACUUGGGAACCAAUGGAGUUUGGUAAAAAAAUUAAUAUUGCAAGGUGUAUUACAGAAUUGAAAUUAAUUGUUUACAGUUGAGCUCAUUGACAUAGGAAAGAUAGAUUUUUGAUACUGUAUUAGUAAGUCUGAUGUUCUGUCAUAGGGCCUCCCAUGAGUUUCCUUGAAAACUGAUGGUGGUCUUUAUCUUGUUAAUGCAUGAUCCAUUAACCAGCAUUCAUAGUUUGUCAUUUGAGGUUUGUAUUAAUCCAUGAUGAACAGUAGAGCUCUUUUCGAUCUGUACUUGAACUACAGUAUGUACACAUCCAAACGAAAUGAUCACGCUCCACUUCACAUACCGUUGAUAUUUACCCAUUGAACUGCUGAGCAAAUAACCCACCGUUUUAAUUGGUUGUUGGCAAUUGGUAGGAAAUGAUCAUAAUAAGAAAAAAAGUUGGGUGGUUUAUUUUAGUGUCAUAGCCGAUUCUUGAUUAUUUAAAAUUGCAUAUUUUAUGGCAUAUUUCUCAUUGGCGCUAAUUGGAAAUUAAUGGCAUUCUAAUUAGGCUGUGUGAGGAAUGUUCAUUUCCCCUUUAUUUCUAGAUCAAAUUACAACCUUUAAUGAAAAGAUAAUGAACGAUUAGACUUAUUAUCACCUCAAUGAUAGUAAUGAUCAAUAAUUGUUAUUUACACAUUUCAAAGUUUGUAUCUGUUUUGAAAAAAGUGAAUUCACACCUUGGACCUUAAGUAAAAUGUAUAGUUUAAGGUUAUUAAUUAUCUUAUGAAGUUUAUAAGACAUGACAUACAAUAUUGUCAAUGUCUGUAAUUGCUCCGCUGCGGUUUUUACUUCAGAAUGUUCAUUGUCAAUUUCACUUGUUAAAAUGUUUUGGCCUUGAAAUAACCGGUAAACUAAAUCAAAUGCAAGAACAGUUAGAAAUUACUUUAUUGAUUGAUAAUUUACUUAUAUUAAUAUUGAUACCUGUCUUGUCUGCACUAAUGAUAUUUCUAUAUUAACGUGGGUAAAAUACAUGUCUGUAAUCUUAUGCAGCAUGACAUUACAUUCUUUUUUAUUCAGCUAACAGAAAACAAAUAAAAACGUUUUUUAUAGAAUAACUUUGAAUGUAUAUAUGAAAAAAUAUAUAUGCUAUAAAAAUAUUUACAAUGAACAAGAAUUUCCAUCCAAAGAUUUUUUUAGUUCUGUCCACGCAUUUAGAAAUAUAAAUUCAGUGAAAAGUACUUUGAACAUUGAUUAAAGAUUUUUGCUGUUUACUUCAGAUUACAUUUUUAUUUACUCCAUCCAGCAUUGACGUCCUGUAAAUUCCCUUGUAUCUCUGUUUUUCACCUUUUUGUUUCUCUAUUAAAUCCACUCGUUAGAUCCAGAUUUACAAACAAUUAAGACACAGAGUUGUGGAACUGUUUCAAUUUACGUAAAACUGUCAUUUUGCACGCCCACAGUUUUUAAGGAACUCAGUCUGGCUUUCAACUUACUCUUGAAAGUUGUAAUAGUAGAAUGCACAAGGUGCAAUUUCAAAAUUGGGUAGUGCCUCAUCAGUUUUCCUCUUGUCAUCUCAAUCAUGGCAUACCUUAGAGAGCUAUUUAUAACUUGGCAGAAAUGUCCAGAUCAAUAAGCCCAUGUCAGCCAACGUUUUUUAGCUAGGUUUGUUAGCCCAUAGAUUUUGUUGAAAUGUUUGAGUCACUGAAAUAUCACAUGAAUACACAUUAGACAUGGCAACAUGUAUAGAAUUGCAGUAAAUAAGCUUUAAACCUGCAAAAUAUUCUCUCCGCCAACAAGAGGGGUGUGAACACUUUGUGUCAAACAGUGCUUGUGUCCAUAGAAAUAGACGUGGCACACGUGCAUGGUGGUGGGGGGGGGGUUGUUUUCAGCAGAAGUCAUAUCAACUUCCAUCUUACUUGAAUGUACAGGAUGUCCGUUAGUGUGAAGUGUCUUCUGAUUUACUGGUUGGCUUUUGUUUUUGUGAGGCCUCUAUUUGAGUUAGGCCUACUGCCCUUCUAAGAACAGACAUUUUAAGAAUCACACAAUUUUUUAAGCUGCACAUUGUGGCACAAUGGCAGUCAUUGUAAAUAAGAAUUUGUUCUUAACUGACGUGCCUAGUUAAAUAAAGGUUAAAUAAAAUAAAAAAAAGUCUGCACCAGAUAUUCUGGGUUUGGGAUUCGAUAACAUUGUUAAAUUGUAUGGCUGCUGUUUGGUUUUGUCUGUACAGGACAGGCCUUCUCACUGAGGCAACUUGGGAUAUGUCAGGCCUCCACACGCAGAGGCCUGGCCCUCUGCCCUGAAACGGGCCUCUCGCACCCCCUUGGUAGCUACUCCAGAGGAACGGUCCCCACAGAGAAUCAGGAGACCACAUCCCCGGAACGUACCAUGGCUCUCUGGGGCAGGGGUGCCAAGUCAGGCCAAAGCUCAUGCCUGUCUAGUCGCUCCAACUCGGCCCUUACCCUGACAGACACCGAAAUGGACAAUAAGUCGGACAACGAGAUC